GCAAGAAGUCAGCAUAGCGUUUUACUCGGUUGAGAGAAACGUGCCAGAGAGUCAAGUCCAAUCUCACGCGCUUACGCCACGGAGAGACGAAACCGGCGCGACUCGAAAUAUGAGCGGCAGCGAAGGCGGCUCAGACCAUUCCGCCACCGGGAGCGGAGGAGAAGCGGCAACGACUGAGAAAAAGAAGGACAAGUCCAGAGUUAGCCGCACGUCGCUUAUAUUAUGGCACGCCCACCAGAACGAUGUGGUCUCCGUGAAGAAGCUACUGGAAGAAGACAAGACGCUGGUGCAAGCUAGCGAUUACGAUAACCGGACUCCGCUCCAUGUCGCUGCUCUCCACGGUUUGGUCGAUGUUGCCAAGUGCUUGAUAGAGUACGGAGCCGACGUCAAUGCUCAAGAUCGAUGGAAAAAUACACCUUUAGCUGAUGCUGAAGGAGCAAAUAAAAGCAACAUGAUUGAAUUAUUGAAGUCAUAUGGCGGUCUGUCGUAUGGGCAAACUGGAAGUCACUUUGAACCAAAGGCUGUGCCCCCACCUCUGCCAAAUAAGUGUGACUGGGAAGUUGAUCCUACUGAAUUGGACUUAUCAAACUCAUCGAUUAUUGGAAAGGGCUCCUUUGGUGAGAUACUUAGAGCUUCUUGGCGUGGAACGCCUGUUGCUAUCAAACGCAUCCUACCAAAUCUUUCUGAUGACCGCUUGGUGAUUCAGGAUUUCCGGCAUGAGGUAAAUUUGUUGGUGAAGCUUCGACAUCCAAAUAUAGUGCAAUUUCUUGGAGCUGUUACAGAAAAAAAGCCCUUGAUGUUAAUUACUGAAUAUCUAAGGGGGGGUGAUCUUCAUCAGUAUCUGAAGGAAAAGGGUGCACUCAGUCCUUUAACAGCCAUCAAUUUGGCAAUGGACAUCGCUAGGGGUAUGGCGUAUCUUCAUAAUGAGCCAAAUGUUAUUGUUCACAGGGAUUUAAAACCAAGGAACGUGCUUCUGGUUAACUCGAGUGCAGAUCAUCUGAAAGUUGGAGAUUUUGGAUUAAGCAAGCUCAUAAAGGUUCAGAAUUCUCAUGAUGUCUAUAAAAUGACAGGAGAAACUGGGAGCUAUCGCUAUAUGGCCCCUGAAGUUUUCAAGCACCGGAGAUAUGACAAGAAGGUCGAUGUUUACUCCUUUGCAAUGAUACUAUAUGAGAUGUUAGAAGGUGAUCCGCCAUUGUCAGGCCAUGCACCAUACGACGCUGCUAAAUAUGCAGCUGAAGGGCACCGGCCCAUAUUUAGGGGAAAAGGAAUUACACCCGAGCUGAAAGAGUUGGUAGAGCAGUGCUGGGCAGCAGACAUGAAUCAGAGACCAUCUUUCCUGGAGAUUCUGAAACGACUUGAAAAAAUAAAAGGAAAUCUGCCAUCAGAUCAUCAUUGGAGCAUCUUUUCUUCAUGACGACAACCCAGCUAAGAUUUCUCACCAAGAUAUAAGAGUUUUGUCUUCAGGCAAUCUCAGGAGUUCAAUUCAAUUGUGCAUAACUACAAAUUGUUUAGACAACUGCUGAAAGUUUGGGAAAAGUUAUCCCAAUUCAAUCUUUCCUGCUUAUGCUUUGAGUAAAGAUUUCCAGUACUCCAUCCACUCC